AAGAAACUAACGGUAACGGGCUUCAGAACAAAAAUAUAGAUGAAGAUGUCAUAUGUCGUUCUCAAUCACCAGCAACUUCAAAGAAAAGAAAGGCGAUUUCUGAUGAAUGCAAUGGAAAAGAUGGACAAGAAUCGUCUUUACGUGCUCAAAGCAAUAAACGGGUUAAACGCCGAUUUAAGAAGGACUCACAGAAUAAUUCUAGCAAUAUUGCAUCAUCUUCAUUUUCUGAAACUUCCAAUACAAUCGUUCCUGCAGUUUCAAUUUCUUCUAUCACUGCAAAGUCUCGUAAAGGGCUUGACCCAAGCGAAAGGCCUGAACUAUCUGCUAUGGAAAAUAGAUUUUGGGAGAUGGCGGCUUUAUUGGAUAGUUCACCUUUGGCUAGUUUAAAUUCAAAAUAUCGAGCUCCUGCACCUUCUAAGAAACGCUACGAUUUGAAUUAUGUUUCUUCAAUAACAAAUAAGAAAUCCGAUAAUGUUAAAAAGAUCGAUAUUAGUGGCGAUCCUGAAGUUGUCCUAUCCGUAGCAUUUUAUAAUCUAUUUGUUCUGCUAGAGUUUCAUCAAU